GGGUUUGACUGGAUAGCUGUGCAAAACAUGUUUCGCCCACGCCUACUUUCAAUUCUCAGUUCCUCGCUUCGGCGAUUGAGCUCUUCUUCCCAGAGGGUGUUUGUCGGUACCCCUCCCUCCCCCGAACCUCUUGGCACAAUUUACUUAGGAAAAGAAACGAUUCUCCCUAGAAAACGACAUUGCCCUCCUCCGCCCCUCCCUGGACCCCACAAAAACAUGCCUGACCCACCCCCUCACGCCGGGCAAAGCCUGCGAAACAUACCGAGGCUCAGUAUCACACAGCGACAUCAUUGGCAAGCAACCAAGGGACGUCGUGACGACGCGAAAAGGGGUAAGGUUCCGAAUUGCCUUUCCAACGCUAGAGGAGUACAUCGUUUCCGUGCGGCGCCUGGUGACGCCGGUGUACCCGAUCGACGCUGCGACGAUCGUGUCGUUACUUGACAUUCACGUCGUCCCCGGAGCCGAUGACGGCGACGGCGGCAGCAGCCGCGACAGCACGGAGGAGCCAGUCGAAGUCCUGGAAGCAGGCACGGGUCACGGUUCACUGACGCUCCACCUCUCUCGUGCGCUGUCUCCCUCCUCGAGUGCCGUGCUGCACACAAUGGAUGUAUCAGCCAGGCACUCCGCGCACGCGCAAAAAGUCAUAUCAAACUUCCGCCGUGGCAUCUACCUCCGCAAUGUCCGCUUCCACAUCUCCGACCUAGGCACUUGGUGUCGGGAGCAGCUCUCCGACCGCGAUGGGAAGCCAUUCCUAACGCAUGCCGUCCUGGACCUGCCGGGGCCCGAGGGGUACUUGUUCGAUGUCAUGCGCUGCCUGAGGCCCGAUGGGGCUGUGGGCCUUUGGUGUCCAAGUAUUAGCCAGAUUAUGGUCGCCGUGGCUAGGGUUAAGGGGAGUGGGUUACUGUGUGAGAGGGUUUUGGAAUUUCCUGGUGGAACUGGGGUUGGUGCCGGGUUGCGGGCGUGGGAUGUGCGGCCAGCGUUUAUUCGAGCUAGGGCCAAGAAGGCGGAGGAGAACAUGCAGGAGGGUGAGGGGGAGGGGGGGGUUACCCCUGGAGAGGAACCGAUUUCCCCGGUGUCACCCGCUCCAGAGCAAGCCCCCCCUCCUCCUCCCGAACCCGAACCGGUUACGCCCUUGCUAGAGGCCUUCGUCUGCAGACCAACCGUCGGAGACCGUCUUGUCGGCGGUGGUUUCUUUGCCCUGUUCCGGAGGAAGGCUGAUGAU